UGUACGUACUCGGAUGAUUCUCUCGGUGGAGCAGCACUCAGUGCGCUGCAAGCGCUCGCAGCUCGCAUGUCCGCUUUACGCUUUUUCCGGGAAAAGCUGGUUAAAAAUCGUUAACGCCUAAAUGACAGUGCAAAUGUUCCUCCUGACCAAUGGUAUGAAAAUCUUUUAGUCGAGCCAAACUUAAGCUGAUCGCAGUGAUAACUGAAAUGUCCUUUUUUUUUAACUAUAAAUUACUAGUGCGCGAGAACGAAAAUCGAAAAGUUUAACCAGUUUGUAGAUUUUUGUUGGGGAACUGAUUGGCUGGAACAGUGAACGAAGUGAGUGCGAACGAGCAGAAUUUUGCUUAAUCCAAUGAAAGAUUGAAUUCGCAACAUAAGUGAAUCGUAAUUUUAAUGAGAAUUUUUAAUUCCCAAUGCCGGUAAAAAUGUUUCGGUCAUAAUACAAUAAAAUACCGCAAGUUUUAUGUAGUUAUAAUAAAUUAUUAAUAAUGCAACAGUGCUUAAAGCGAAGUGCAUAUUCAAAGAAAUUCUUACUAGAUUCCACCUUUUUAAUUGAUACUCGAAGAGACUUGUAAACGAAUCUUCUAUCUAAAAAUACCAAUAAAUGGAGACAAACAGAAUGUAAAUGCAAUAAAAUGUACGAAACAAUUGUUCACACAACAAAAGUUCUGUUUUCAUGUUUUAAAUGGUGUAACAGCAUUUUACUGCGCUGAUGAAAAACUUUUUGCCACCGUUGUAUCCGAAGCGAACGCGGACACUGUUAAUUUUAGAGGCGAAACCUUUCGGUCCGGGAUUCCAGAUGCCAAUAAACCGACAGGAAGAUGUAUGAAGCCGCGAUUCUGAUGUAAACGUGUGCACGCUAUGAGGAUGAUUAAAGACCGCGCCGCGACAAAAGAACCCUUCUUACCGCGUUUUUGGACAAUUGUUUCGAGCGUCACUCCAGCGAGAACGAACUCGGCGAAGCAGCGAUUCAAGAAUCUAAGGGAGUUCGGAAGUGUGUUUUGAAAAUAUCCUCAUCAAGUGCGACGAGGCCGGAAGAGACGCCGGAUUACCGACAAGGUCACUGAAUAUGUAUAGUAAAGAAAUACGAAGCGAUAGAAAAUACUAGGUUUUAGAUAUGCAUACAAAAAUUGUACAAAGUGUCUGUGGAAUUUAACAUCGGAUCAAUAGUAUUCAUACGAAUACGAGGAGAACGAGCGAGGUAGCACUUGGAACAUUAAUAAAAUCAGUAUGCUAUUAAAAUUGAGUGUGCUCGGCUCUCGCAGAGUCAAGAGGUAGUGAGAGUCGAAAUGAAAAUGAAAAUGAAAACAAAUAAAAUAGUCGUCUCUCGUAGAAAAUUGAACAAUAGACGUUGUAAUAAUAAUAAUAAUAAUAAUAGUAAUGUCGCCGAUAGAUUGAAUACGUUCCCAAUUACGAUUCUAUAAUACUCGUUGCUCUUGUGAUAAAUAUUAAAAGGAACUGAGGAUGGUGACGUGAACUCGAGAGGGAAGAUAGAAUUGAUGAGGAAUCGAGAAGAGUUGAAAAUGAUGGGAACGAGCCUCGAGGCAUUCAACAGCACCAGUUAUUACGAUGCUGAUCAAUUAUCGGAGAACUUGACGAGCAAAGAGAAUCCGAUCGAGGAAUGCAAACAAGAAAUCAAUUCGAGCGGUCUCUUUGAUUUCGUGAUCUACGGCGUACUGAUGAACCUGAUCGGACUCUUCGGAAUAUUCGGUAACGCGAUCUCGAUGAUCAUUCUCUCUCGGCCGCAGAUGAAAUCAUCGAUCAAUUACCUACUAAUCGGCCUGGCCAGAUGCGACACCAUGUUAAUUAUCAUUUCGAUAUUAAUUUACGGCUUACCUGCGAUUUACGCGUACACUGGCCUGAUGUUCAACUACAAGUUCAUCGUCUAUCCAAAAAUAGUCCGAUUCUUGUACCCGUUGUCGUGCAUGGCGCAAAUAGCGACGGUGUACUUGACUCUGACCGUGACGCUGGAAAGGUACAUCGCCGUCUGUCAUCCCUUGAGGGCCAGAUCCUUCUGUACCUGCGGGCGAGCACAAUUGGCCGUUCUGAUUAUCGUCAUAUUUUCGUUCGUUUACAAUCUUCCAAAAUUCUGGGAGGUAGAAUAUUACACGGAAAUACACUGGAAGUACAACGUCACUGUGUAUUGUCUACAGUCAGCGGAUUUGAGGGGCAACGAGUUGUACGUCACGCUCUACGUCCAUUGGAUGUACUUCUUCAUCUGCUAUCUCUUCCCAUUCCUCGCCUUGGUGAUCUUCAACGCGACCAUUUAUCGAAGGGUGAGGAAGGCGAACAGAGAUCUGCAGCAACUAUCCCGUCACCAAAGACGCGAGAUUGGUCUGGCGACGAUGUUGCUCUGCGUCGUGAUCGUCUUCCUGAUCUGCAACAUCCUGCCGCUUGCCUCGAAUAUUCACGAGACAUUCCUGAGCGAGCCGCCACUCCCAUUGGUGCAGAUGGGCAACCUCCUCGUCACGAUCAACAGCAGUAUAAACUUCAUCAUCUACGUGAUCUUCGGUAGGAAAUUCAAGAAGAUAUUCCUGAGGCUGUUCUGCAACCCGAACCUGUUCGGCCCGGGCCGAGACAGCCCGGAAUUUCCAACAUACGACGAGUCGAUCAUCACCAACAUGACCAACAUAGAGUUAAGGAACUCGAUCAGGCAUUAUUGCCUGAACAGAUCGAACACCAUCAGCAGGAACAAUAAUUCGGUCUCAAACGGUAGCAUGAGACAAAGCAUGAAACUGGGCAGGCCGGCCAGCCCGGGACCUUGCGUUUAUUAUCCCGCGAGGAGCCCCGUGAGAAGCCCGAGCCAGACGUCCAGAACGUCCAGCGCGCAGAACGGGUGGAGCAAAAAAGACAUAGAUCCCGCGCUGUAGUGAAUCACGGAUAGUCUGAUUCCGAUAAAUCGCUUGUGGAUGACAAUGCACAAUUGUGCCACGUAGGAUAAAAUUGAAUGUCCUUUAAAACGAUCUCCCAAGUCGGGCGCGUACAGAAAUCAAUAAGAAUUGUCAUGUAAAACAAACAAAUAAAAUGUUUGUUAAAUUACAAUGCGUUCAUUCAAUAAAAUUCGUAUUUAAUGUCUAUUAACGACAUCAGACAAUUAUGACUAUUCUUGUUGAUUCCUCCUGUAUGUAUUGUAUAUUCUGGAUAAACUCGAAAGUAUGUAUAGUAUUAUGAAUAUUUGUCUCUUUCAAACGAUUAAUUUUCCUUAACGAAAAGUAUACUAAAGUGUAAUUAAAUUUACUUUACACUACGAUAAACCUCUCCUUUUAACUGUUAAGAUUUCAGAAAUUGACUCUUCGUCUCUUUCCACCUAUCAGACCAUACAUGUUUCGAUGUUUUAUUGAAAUUUUAAAAUGCUAUGUAUUUUGUCAUUUUACAAUUGUACAGGUACACAUUUAAAUAUGAUAUACGAGACAUUUUAUUAUUGGUAUAAAUGUGAGACUUGUGUACUCUAAGAAAUAAGAGGUAAUCAUUCACAGCUCUGAAGCCAUUAAGGAAAAUAUUAAUUAUUGGAAUAUAAUAAAGAGAUCGAUAUAUAACGAAUGAUCAUCUUUUGUAUAAGGAUAAAAUUAAAAUACAGUGUUAAGUAGACAAUAUGAUAUUUCUGUAAGAAAACGCCAUUGUUAUUGCAAUGCACGAAAUUUUAGAAAAAUUGUAAAUACCACCAACAAAUUAUACUAUUUUGAUAUGCUAUCGCGCGUAGAAUUUCUUUGAAUGAUGGAAUGAAUGAUGGAGUUGUACGUGUGACUGUUCUUUUAGGGGGAGAUACGGAAAGAAAAACGACCAAAAAGAUAUGAAACUUUCCUAUUGUUCCUAGGUUUAUGAGAACUGAAUUAUCGUUUGGAAACGCAGUAUUAUAAAAGAUAUCCUUAGCGUUCUUUAUAUAAUAAUUGAGUGAAUGUAAAUAAUUUCUGAACUUGAGUAAAAUAUCUUCCAUCUUUCUAAAAGGUAAUAAACAUGUAAGCGUUCGAUACCAUCGGCAUAUCUUACCUUAUUAUUUAAUGAUCAAUUAACGCCUUUCAUGUACGCAUAAACUAACAGCGCAAAUCUUCGCGUAAUAUAAUAGAUUUACAUCAUA